UUUGAGGUAGCAAUAGGUACCUACAUAGCGGUUUUCCAUAGUAAAUUACUCGAAAAUGUAAUAUGAAAGUUGUAAAAUAAUGAAAUUGUUUUUAUUUAAAUAAUACUAACAUUAAACAUGUCAUUCGAUUGUAUUAAAAUUAAACAAGAACCGAACACCGAGCCGCCAUCCUCGUCAAAUAAUAUUGUAAAUAAUUACGAUAAAUCGGAACAAUGUAAGAAAAAUAUUAAUAACGAACAAGAAAUAGUUCAAGAUCUAUCAAAUUCGACGACCGAAUUUGUAAAUAUAAAGAUUGAACCGGAACUGCUCGACAUCAGUGAAACCCGAGUUAGCUCAACACCGCUAGAGGUCGACACGAGUAAGUGGCACAGUGUACCUAUUAAAUAUGAGCCGUGUGGGCAACCGAGCAUCAACGUGGAGGUUGCGAUUAAGCAGGAGCCGGAAGAGCCUGCAACUCCAGGGGAAGACAGUUGUAACUACAUCAUACCAGACAUGUGUCCGCCGAAAACUUCCAAUAUAUACAUAAGUGAUGUGUCAGAGGAAGUCCUCAGUCUGAAUUCAACAGUCGAUGGUAAAUACAUGUGCCCGAUAUGUCACAAACGUUUCGCGAACAAGGGGAAUGUGCAGAGGCAUAUGCUUCUGCACACUCGCGAGAAACUCGAAUGUAAUGUUUGCUUCCGACAGUUUGUGAAACAGGGCCACUAUCAGAAACACCUCCUGACGCAUUCGACAGAAAAGCGAUACAAGUGCGACGAGUGCGGGAAAAUGUUCAGGACUUCGUCGAACUUGGAGCAACACAAACGGAUCCAUUUGGCCGUUAAGCCUUACGAAUGCGAGACCUGCUUGAGACAGUUCGCAGUUAAGGCGAAUCUCGUUAAACAUUUGAAGAGCACAAAUCGAUGCAAGAUGCCCAACCACGAACCGAUCGUCUGCAAAGUGUGCAAUAAAGUUUUCCAAAAGGAGUUCUUGUUGAAGAGUCACCUCCGCAGACACACGACAGAACGGCCGUACGUCUGCGACAGGUGUCAAAUGAGCUUCAAAUAUAAAUCGACGCUGAUCCGACACGUGCAGCUACACAAUGGCGUGAAACCGUAUUCCUGUAAGAUAUGCAGGAAGAAGUUUACACACGCGGGCCUGAUAAAGCCACACAUGAGGAAACACACAGGGGAGAAGCCGUACACGUGUCCGGUCUGCAAUAAAAACUUCGCACACAAACACAAUAUGCAAAGGCACACACUCCGACACACGAAGGUGAAGCACCUGGUCUGCGACGUCUGCAACAAGACGUUUCCAAAGGAAAGUCGGCUCAAGUACCACAUGCGCACACACACAAAGGCGAAGCCGUUCGUGUGCAACGUUUGCGGGAAAAAGUUUUCACACCGACAGAAUAUUAUAAGGCACUACAGUCGCAAACACCCGAACGACACGUACGACUGCACAGACACAGACGCGAGUGUCGCGAAGGACGUUUGGGAGAAGGUGAUUAAGUCUAAGAAAAUGGAGGUGAAGUUGGAGAUCACGGAGGUGAAGGAAGACUUGACGGAAGUCAGUGAUAGCGUGUUGGGUUAGAAGUAGCUUGGGACUGUUCUGUGUAGCGCCUUUUAAUUAUUACUAUUUGUCAAUCACAUUAGAUUUGCUUUAAGAUGCCGUUCACCGUUCGCACCACGAGUGAAAGUGGUGCAACUGUUAUCGUUUGGUGACCAUUUGGAGCAGUUCGAUUGUGUGUCUCGAGGAUUCGCUUGAAAUAAUUUGGAUAGGAUUUUUUUAACAAACCUGCCAAUCUUUGAAUCUAGAUUCCUAAGUAGUCCAACAGAAAAAAUCCACUAUGAAAUCUGAGUCAGCCAGUACACCCAUAGUGUUAUUUUUUAUUUAUUCGAUGGCAGCCGAGUGACUUCUUGCUGCUAUUAUUGCAAUAGUUUGUUAUCAGUUGUUUAUUAUCUUACACAAAUUAUGUUUUUACGAUUAUAUUUAAUGUUUAUUUAUAUUAGUAUAUUAAUUGCGCACCGCAUUACACGAUUUAGUGUUAAAAGAGCAACAUCACACGCAUAUCAGCUAUAACCAGUAAACAACCUUGUGUUUGGUUGGACUUAAAUCAAAAAUUCGAUGAAAAUAUGAAACAGCUGUGCUAUUCUAUAAGAACUCACUUCAUCGCUCACCCGUGGAAUGUUGACAACCGACUUAUGUUAUGUGAUGUACAAUUUGAUGCGUGUAUUCUUUAAAUAUUAUAUUAAUAAAGUCAAUGUCGCAUAUCACUUACUGAUAUUACACGACCGUGUUCUGCGGUGAGUUUCGAGUUUAUUAUAGUAUAUCAACAACAAGUCGGCUGUCAACAUUUCACGGGUGAGUGAUGAAGUGAGUUUUUACAGAAUGUCACUGCUGUUAUUAUAAUCGAUUGAUUAUUCGCAUUUCUGUGACACGAUGGUUUUCUAAUGUUACAUGGCCGGUUGCUAUAUUGAAGAAAUGAUUGUUUUUACUAAGGGAUAGUAAAAUUACUUACUUAAUUCAUAAGCUUAUAUAAUAUAUAAGAAGGCUACAUGUUUUCAUAUUUAUUAUUUACACAAAACUCUUAAAUAUACACAAAAAAAAUUAAAAAUCUGAAAAAAGGCUACUGUACAAAAUGUGGCCGCGUGGAAUGGUGGCAAAAAUGCUAGCAGCAUUUUCCCUUUGAUUUGCAAUUUCGAUCUUCUGGGCGAUGUCAUCGGCGAAUCGAAGUUGUGAGAUGUACUCGCCGUUUACUUUGACUCCAUACCCAGUCCAAUCCAGCGUCUUGAAAACGUCUUCCAACGCGUUGGUGAACAGUUUCGGUGAUAUUACUUCCCCCUGUCUCACCCCCCUGCGCAGUUGGAUCGCCUUCGUCUUACAGUCCUGGAUGUGGACAGUCUUUGUAGCGGCGUUGUACAGACAUCUCAGGACCUCGAUAUAUCUUCAGUUGAUAUGACAUCCCUGCAAUGAGUCGAGCACUGCCCAGGUUUGGACGGAGUCGAAGGCUUUCUCGUAGUCCACAAAUGCCAUACACAGCGGCUGAUUGUACUUUUCGGUCUUCUGCACAAUCUGCCGAACAGUAUGGAUGUGGUACACGGUGCUGUAGCCUGAUCGACAGGCGGCUUGCUCUGGCGACUCUUGAGAACAGCUUAUACACGUGACUCAGGAGGGAGAUUGGUCUGUAGUUUUUCAAGAGGGUUUUAUCACCUUACUUUCGCUCCAAGUUUCCGAGGUCUUGCCAUGUUGGAUGAGAAGAAAGAAACUUAAGAAACUGUUGUGAUUCCGUCAUCUUCCGUCAGCUUUGUUGUUUUUAAGCUGUUCUAGAGCCGCCCCAAUCUCUCUUUGGUCAACGACCGAGAGCUCCUCGGAGCAUUACUCCGAGCUGACCAGCGCCCAAGAGGGGCGCGCUGGUCAUCAAUACUGAUUUCCACAGGUUUAGCUGAUCUUGAAGAGAACAACAACAACCAUAAAACCUCUCUACUUCUCCGAUAAUCUUAGGCCUAGAGGUAACGACCCGCACCAUUCUACUGGUAGUAAAGCUUUGUGCAAGCUCGUCUGGAUAGGUACCACCCACUCAUCAGAUAUUCUACCGCAAAACAACAGUACUUGGUAUUUUUGUGUUCCGGUUUGAAGGGUGAGUGAGCCAGUGUAAUCACAGGCACAAGGGACGUAACAUUUAGUUUCCAAGGUUGGUGGCGCAUUGGUGAUGUAAGCGAUGGUUAACAUUUCUUACAAUGCCAAUGUUCAUAGACGUUGGUGACCACUUACCAUUAGGUGGCCCAUAUGGUCGUCCGCCUUCCUAUUCUAUAAAAAAAAGAUUUCGUUUUAAGGCCUUAUCUGACAAAAACGAUGAUUAUUCUCGUCGUUUCCUCAUGAUAUCAUAUUCUCGUCCGCCUUCCGAUUCUAUAUAAAAAAAAAAAUAACCUCUAGUGUCUCAGCAGAGAGUUUUGGUGCGCUGUGUGUUUUGCAGUAUUUUGACCAGCGUGUCGGUUUUCUCAUCAAUACUGCUUACGGUUUCCAACGCGGUGAAUUGGUUUUGAAGUUCCGUUUAGAACUUUUCGGAGCCUUGAGCAACUUGGAGCAUGGUAGGUCGGAUAGUAGACCUCAUCAUUCGUGAUCUUUCGGCUUUGAAGUCGAUAUCUAGAUUGCCUCGAACCAAGCGGUGAUCACUUCAGGUAUUAAACCUGUUGAUCACUGAGACAUCUCUAAAUAUGUGCCUUUUAUUCGAAAUGAUAAAGUCUUAUUUUGUUCCUUGUCACGUUAUUGGGGCUUCGCCAGGUCCACCUCCUCUGGGGUUUCUUUUUAAAGAAAGAAUUCAAAAAAAAGUCCGUGCGCUUCGAGAAAAUUUAUCAGCAUUUGCCCCCUGAGAUUUCUGCAGCCCAAGCCGUAAGGUCCGACUUUCGAUUCACCGCUAUCUUGUACUCCCACUUUAGCAUUAAAGUCUCCCAUAACAACAUUGUAGUUGGCCUUCGAGGUGUUGUUGAGGGUCUUUGCGAUGUUCUCGUACAUCGCUUCGACCACAUCAUCAGAGUAUGACAAAUGAGUAUGGCGCAUAUACCUGUACGACCUUCAGGGAGUACCUGUCGGAAAGUUUUAGGACAAGGUACGCUACCCGGUUCGACACACUACUGAUUUCUACAAUGCUAAUGAGAUCCUUUUCACUAGAAAACCGACACAAUCCUGGGAGAGUUGAUCACCUUCGCGGAAGUAGAGUAAGUUACCAGACUCUAGAGUUAUCGUGUCCUUCCCCUGUCUUCGGACUUUAGAUAACCCCAGUAUAUGCCGGUUUAUAUGACUUAAAUCUACUUCUAAUUCGGCGGGUGAUCCAGUCCAGCCUUAUCGAGUGUCCAGUAUACGUUGCCAUAUAAAGUCGUUUUUUAUGGUAGUCUACCAUGAACCGGUGAUUCUUCGCACGCCCUGUCUUUUUUUUUUCUUGGGGAAAUUCUCUUGGGAUACUUACCCGCCCGGGGAGGCGAGAGAGUUAUAUCGGAUUCUUACCGACUAAAACCCCAAGGUGUCCCUCUCGUUGCUAUGCGGCGAAGCCACGGGAACACUUUCGCAUACAUCCGCGACUUCGUCAGCAAUUGUCUGAAUACAGACCCCCCUAUGUUUUACUCCCAUUACAGGUGCAACGGAACACUUGGUGCACCUCCAACUGUUUUAAGGCCUAUUCUCGUCGGGUGGCAGAUGUCCCCGCAUCUGCCAUCAGGGGGGUAGCUAUCGAUCGUUGGCCACUCGUCUACGCCCCACUUUCUUGCGGUCGCACCACCUGCCCUGCCGAUACUGCGAUCGCUACCUUUGCCGGGCUUAGCGGGCUUGCCGGGGGCAUUUUUUUAAACGCAUCUACCAUGGAGGGUUUACCCAUACUCGCCGCGCUGAGCAGGCGUGUUGGCGAGUGUAGUAGGGGGGUAAGAUGUUUACAUGUGGGACGCUGCUGCCCAUCCCCCCUUUUCCCCGCCCCUUAGUCGCUCCUUACGACAUCCACGGGAUAAGAUCAUAGCAGAGUCGCUGGAACAACUCACCGAAAUACUGCGUAGCCUAGGCGAGUGUUCCCGGCGUGUCGGUCUCAGUAUGAACUUGGACAAGACCAAGGCAUGCCGUGCUGGGACCGAUAUACGUCACCGCCAUAGCUUGCAAAAUUAGCAGGCUGAAGUGGCAGUGGGCUGGUCACGUAUGUCGUAGGACCGAUGGCCGUUGGAGCAGACGAGUGGAAACCUUGUUUUGGAAACCGAAGUUUGAAUAUAGUAACCGAACUGAAAUCGAUCUAAUAUAUCAAUUUUAAGACAACUCGAUUGUUUUUAACAUUCGACCAUUAAGGCGCGGAAGCCGUACUAUUAACUACUAAUAUUAUCGUAAAAUAAAACGAUUUUAAUAACACGGUAAUAAAAAAUAAAAGAUCUCUCUUAUAUAUAAAUAUAAUUUAUUAGAAUUAUAAAUAUAUA